CGCAACGCUACGCCACCAUUUUCUUUUCUUCUUCUUACGGGGCAAGGUGCUCAUAGCAAAUCAAAAUGUGAGUCAAUCGAAAGUGGCAUGUGGGUUGCCUACCCGGCCAUGCAACGAGGAAACGCUUCAAAAGUGGGUCGAAAAAAAAUUAAGGUAACGGUCGAAUCAGCGCAUUUUGCUUUCAUCAGGGGUCUCUACGAUAGGAGCCCCGAACUUGGUGGGGCUACAUACUUCUUAAGAAUUGUACUUGCGUUGGUGUGCGCACAAAGGUGUAUGGGUGAAUAACUCGUAGGUCACUGUUCGCACAACCAACUGUGGGGCGUAUAGUAUGUUAUGAUGACAUGUUGUGGAGGUUAUAGCAGAAUUCAUUGUAAUGUUUGGCUUAAAGUCACUUUAAUCCGGUGAAUUAGAAUGUUAUCCUGUUCGCGAUGAGUUCAAAUGAAACAGCAGCGAAUCCUUUUGAUGGGGAAGAGAGCAUUGACACGAAACACGAGAGAUUCCAGAGUGAUACCUAUGAUAUCAGUUACCAUGACAUAGCUACCAAACUUUUGAAUGACAACUUGCUUCUCACUGCGCUGGAACUCCAUGCAGAGCUUGUUGAGGCUGGGAAGGAACUUCCCAAACUCCGAGUAUUUUUCUCAAACCCAGGAAACUUUGAACAACUAACUGUCUCUAAGCCAGAACUUUUAUCUUCACCUAUUCCACGCUCAUUAAGUCAAGCUACUUUGGACUCUUUGGAUUUGACAAGAUAUUCAGAAGAUGGGGAAAGAGGAAUUGAUGAAAGGAUUGCUGUUCUUGAAUUUGAACUGAGAAAGGCAAAAGAAACCAUCACUGCUUUAAGAGCUAAUUUAACUGUUGCUACAGAGUCAGAAACGCUUACACCGGAUGGCACAGCAGUAAAAUCAUUUGGAAGUGAACCUGUUAAACCCCAUGAACAGCGCGCUCUCAAUUUUCUUAUCAAUGAGUACUUGCUCUUACAUGGUUACAAGCUUACAUCAAUUACGUUUGCUGAUGAAAAUGAAAAGCAGGAUUUUGAGGAUUGGGAUGAUGUUGGUCUUAAUAUCCCAAAGCCAGCUGAGCUGCUCCAACUGUACCGUGACCACAUGAGGCAAUCAGGCUGCUUAAAACAGCCCAGUAUGGAUGAGGGAUGCCAAACUGAUCAUUUUCCAGAGCAGAUAGGGGAUGGCAUAGAAUCCUGUGCCUCUGCCCCAGCUGAAUUAAGAGAAUUAACUUCAGAUAUUCAGCUAUUAGAAAAGCUGAAGGUGGAUGUGGUGGCCUUACAAGAACAAGUGACCAGUUUAGAAAUGAGUAAAUUAGAGCUCCAAGAAAAGCUGUGGAGUUAUGAAAGGUUAACUGACAACUCUGAACCCUUAGAGGAGCAAAAUAAUAGAGGUUUAAAAACAAAUAAGGAGCGUUUUCAAAGGGAUGAUGAGGACGCUGACGGUUGGACUGCUGUUAUUCCACUUGACUUAAGAGAAUUACAGCAAACUAUUAAUGAGGAAGAUCAAAUAUCAGCUGAUAUUGAUUGGGCUUCAGUUACAAUGUCCACUCCUGACCCAGUUAAAGUUACAACAUCUGAUUCACAGUCAGGAUCAGGUUCUGGUUCAGCAUGUGGAGCAAGUGACACAAGAGGUUUAAUAAUGGAAGAUGAGGAGCGCAUGACAGACGGAGAAUGGACUCCAGUUAGCCUGAGUGCUAGUCAAGGCAUUACUCAGGGUAAAUCUAAAAGUUUACCCUCAACUAUAAACUCAGAAUCAUUGCAUAUUGGCUUUGAAAGGUCCUUAUCGGCAGCUUUUUGUCAGGAGGUGUUAUCUAGUUGUACUGUGGAUACCUCACAUUUUCCUGAGAGCCACCAGCACAUUUUACAAAUGCUAAACAAGGUCUCUGAGCUAAGAGGUCCUACUGGACUUACUGAUAAAUUACUAAUAGAUAUUUUUGCUAAGACUGUUCUUAAACUCUUACCCUGUGUUAUUCUAAACAAAAGAGAGGAAGUGAUACCUCUACUUGUAGCUUUAGUGAGGCUAAAUGUGGAUGGGAAAGAGAGAGAUUCCCUUUUACAUCAGCUCUUUAAUCUGAAAAAGCGUCCCGAUAUUGAGGAACGGUGUCUCAUUCUUGCUGGUUUGUUAUGUGUUGCUCGAGGAAUGGAAGCUGUACAAGUGGAGAAUGAAGUUCUACCGCAAUGUUGGGAGCAAAUGAGUCAUAGACAUGUUGAGCGCAGACUACUUGUAGCUGAAGCAUGUGGAAUUCUCGCUCCAUUUGUAACUGGAGCCAUUCGGAACUCUUUAAUGCUUUCAAUGCUGCAACAAAUGUUGUCUGAAGACCGUGAGGAAACAGUUCGAGCUGCAGUUGUUCGGUCAACUGCAUUGAUUGCUGCAAUGAGUCCAGACUGCGAUAAGUAUUCUCAGUGUGAAGAUCUUGUCAUAUCAUGUAUCAGUGAUCCAUCAUCUACUGUCAUUCAGUGCCUUAACCAAACUCUCCUUCCUGUGGUGGCACAUUGGGCACUCACUAGUGGACGGUUCCAGUCAAGUCUUUUAAUUAGACUGAUGAAUCAGCUCUCUCUACAACUUCAGGUGAAGCCCAUUGAUUCGCCACGAAGUCCAUCAGCCAUCUCAACUUCUCCUGGUCAAACUUUUCAAGCAGCUUUAAAUGCCACUGCAGCCUUUACAGCAAUUUUGCCAUAUCUAGUGUUGUCCGUUGCAAAUGUUGGAUCAGUUAUUGCUAGAAUCUCACCUGACCUUCCAGCACCGCAGUCAAGAAUUGGCUUCUCUGAUUUAUGCCGGGGUCUUUCCAACCCUUUGAUUUUUCACCACGGUAGCAUUACUGUCGGGCAGAUAAUAGCUGCUUUUGAUGCCACUCUGAAAGACUUGGAUCCAUCAUCUUCUUGGCCUGAGCUGUUGUGGAUCUCUGAUAAAAUGCUUCCAGCACUAAUUGAAGUCCUUUGUAAUGUAACUAUUUCUCAAGAAGAACUGCUAAAUGCUUUUGUUAGCUUUUUCCGUUAUAUGUGUUCUGGAUUUGGACCUAUUUUUGUAUCUAAACAGGUUAAACCAGUUUUUGUGUCAAAGCUUCAAGAAAUUGAGCAAACUCUUGUUGAAGUAGCAGGAUCCAAUCAGAAGUCUGCAUGGCCAUCUCUAUCUGUUCUUGUUGUAUACCUAGCUGGUGUUGUAGCAAGUGGACAGUCAGAAUCUGACACAGAAGAAUUGCGCAGCACUUUGCGGAGAUUUUUGAUGGCUCUACCUUUGUGUUCUUCAAAUGCACCAAAUCAGUUUGGAAGUGUUCCCAUUGACGGUUUGCAAGCUGCAAUAUCUGCCAUCUGUGGUUCCAAAAAAGAGAAUGUUCAUGAAGCAGUUAUAGCAACUUUAUGGGAAGGAGUAGUUUCGCAACGAGCUCUUGUGCGGUGUUCAACUGCUACUUUGUUUGCUGCUGUCAUAGGAUUAGUGCCGGAAACACUAAUUUCAGCCAGAGUAGCUCCUGCUUUGGUCACUCUUGCAAGUGAUCCGGAUGUGUCUGUAAAAGCCGCUGCAAUACCAACAUUUGGAAAGCUAAUAGUAAGCACAUCCACAAAAGAGGUGAAAGAGAAAAUUUGCUUUCAGUUGCAAAGUUUAUUAUCUGAUCCGGUUACCAGAGAUAGUCAUCCACUCCUCCUUCAGAUUGUGUGUACGCUUGGUCAGGUUGUAUCAUCUUGUGAUACUUCAUUCAGAGAUGAUGUUAUUAUGCCCCAGCUUGCAGCAUUAGCUGCUUAUGCUUCUCAGCUUCAAAAUCUCACUAGACGCCUGGACUUGGCUGUAGCCUUAACAGAGGCUUUCUCUGCUGCUGUUUACAUCCCCUUCCCAGCAUCUAUAUUGACGACUGCUGUUCUUCCAGGAUUACGAUAUUUGGAACAGAUCAGUCAACAACUGCAACCAGUUCACCGGGAAACAAUUUUGGCAAUGAUUAGGGAAGUUGAAUCAAGGUCUGAUGCUUCCCCUUUUCGUCAAGAGGAGAGACGAACAAGCCGAAGUCUUGCAUCGGCAACAGCAAAUAUGAAUCAAGGUGUGGAGGACAUGAGACAGCGAAUGAGCAAGAUGUUUCAGCCUAAAAACGUGACAAAUCAGCCAGGUCUACCCAGUCUAUUUCGGAAAAAGUAAUUUAUUACACAUGCUGGGUUUGAGAUGUAGAGGAGUUUGUGUGUGUAAAGUAGACUGGGUCAAAUUCAUAAAAAGUAUUACUUCCAGUAUCUCUAUUGUAGGAUAUAUAGAUUUUUAAAUUGAAUUUCCUAUUAGGGAAAUUAAUUAAUGAUGGUUUGAUUAUACUCACAAUAUUUUCAAGAAACUGUAUGUGUGUUGAACUAUGAAUUUAGAGAAAUUUUAACUAUUAACCAUGAAGUUGUUUUUAUUACGAACCAAUCUGUUUACGUUCUGUUAGAUUUUUAUGCUGAGUGAGACUGCAAGUGUGUGUAGACAGUGCAUGCACACAGUGUAUGUAUAAUUUUCAACAUGAAUAUUAAGUUUUGUUAUUCCUCUUUGAUAUUUCUGUGAUGCUAUAUGGUUAAUGACAAGAUAUUUCACUUAGAAAUGAUAUUCCCUAUUUUUGCCGUAAAGUUAUAUUUAUCAGGUUAUUUUUAAUUAAGUUUCAAAGACUGGGAUUUUUACUGUUUUAUUUCUUUACCUGUGAUGAUGCACAUUAAGAUUGUGAUCUUAGCUUCAUUCCAUGAUAUUGAAACUAAUUUGUGAAGAUGUAUUCAUCAAAAAGUGUGGAGAUUACUUUUUGCUGUGGGGGCAGCUUUAUUUACUCAUGCUUGGUGCCUCUGUUUUAGGCUUUACUGUGAUAAGGUUUUACAUAUCUUGAUCAGGAUCAAUCCAUUUUGUUGUGGGGAAUGUUUUCAAAAGAAAUGUGCCUUCAAGGAAUAAGGACUAUUUGAGGAAUAAUAAACAAAAGGUUGGGACUCAGAAUUAGUUUUUAACUUGAUUUAUGGGGGAGACAAUAAUUCUAUCUUCAUUCUUACUUUUAUUAAUUGUAAAUGUAUAAUACAUGUUCCAGAUUGAUUUUGUGUACUUAAGAGAAAGAAUUGUUGUUUUCUGUUGUUUUGCAGUUGUUUAUUAACUAGUGAAUUGAUUAUGAGGAAUAAUAAACGAAUACCAGCAAAGAAAAUAA